UGGUGGCCUUUGGCUACUUUCAGUGCGCUUCGAAUUUUACAUGCGAUACUAUGUAAUUUAUUUUUUAUGCAGGACAAAUGCAUGAGCCACUCUCCGUGAUUUUUCGCAAUAGACUGCGCGAUAAAUGAAAAAUUACUCGUGGAAUGUUCAGAAAAAUUUAUAAAUAUUAUCGAAAAAGAUUUGAUCUUUCGUGGCAGUGCUGAUAAAUAUGAAUCUACAGACACUUUUCCAAGAUUUUAAUCCAAGCAAAUUUUUAGUCUACUCAUGUUUGAUGAUAUUUACUGCUUUGUUCGCUCUUCGAUUGGACGGUUUCAUAGAAUGGAGUUACUGGACAAUAUUUAGUCCAAUUUGGUUUUGGAAAGGUAUGGUAAUAUUGGGUGCUACCAUUGGAAGUUAUGUGUGGUGGAGACACCCACAUUCAAGAUUGGAAGGAGAUGCCUAUGUUCAUUACAAGGCAAUGUUGAUUACUUUGGCAUUACAUUUGAUCUUGUUAAUGUUCGAAUUAUUAGUGUGUGACAAACUUGAAUCUGAUAGGCAUUUAUGGAUAUUAGUGUUUAUACCACUGAUUUUCAUCUCUGUUGUAUCUAUAGCUGUUUGCAUUUGGGCUGUGAAACACGAUAGGUCUUUCGAACUUGAACUAUUCUGUGCAGUCAAUGUAUUACAAUUUAUCUUCUUGGCACUAAGACUAGAUAGCUUUAUUACUUGGAGUUGGGAGGUAGUAUUUGUACCUCUUUGGGCACUUCUUUGUUUGUCUCUAGUUGCUGUUCUAUAUGCAAUAGUGUUUGCUGCUGUUUUAUUAAGAACACCUCAAAUUAAUGCAAGGCAAAGGCGGACAUCUUUAAACUCAGCACUAGCAUAUACAUUUCUUGUAGUUCCAAUUUUAGUAUUUCAAGUACUAUUAGCAAAUAAAUUGGAUGGUGAUAUUUCUUUAAAUUAUACAACAGUGGCAAUGCCUCUUCUCAUAUCUCAUAUGACACUUAUCUUCAUGUCUUUUGGAGCAAAAGGAGGAAAUAGAUGGUGGUUUGGUAUUAGAAAAGAUUUCUGCCAUUUUCUGUUGAGCCUAUGUCCAUUGCUUCAAGAAUAUGGUAACAUUUCUUAUCAACCAAGAGGUGAUCAAGAUCAACCACCAUCUGAACCAAUGGUUAGUGAAAAGAAUGAGAAGCACAUAAAAAAAAUCGACCUAACAAAACCUGUAGUGCCUAUAAUUUCCAUAGACAUGCCUGAUUGAUCAAAUUGGCCUAGAAUUUAUCUUGAACAUUAAUACAUUCUCUUCAACGUUACUAAUGGAUUCACAUGCCAUGUAUGUAACAUAAAAUAGAGAGGUGGGUAUAUAAUUGUACAUUAAAUUAUACAUACAAAAUUGUUAUUUUCGCUACACUAGAUCUUAUAAAAAAUUGUUAUUGUUAGUUUAACAUGCGCCAGGGCAAUCGUGAUGAUCAUGUUAUGCAUCUUGUUAUUGGAAAUUGAAAUUUAAACAUGUUCAGAAGAGCAUUGUUUGUUUUAUAUAAUACAAAUUAGAAAGGUAAUUAUGUUGUCCCUAUUUGAAAUAAAGGGUAAAACAAAUUUAUGUUUGCAUAAAAAUUGAAGUAAUUGGUCCCUAAAAUAUAUUAUAGUUUAAUUGUUAUGGUGCUCAAUAUGAUAACGAUUUUAAGUCUAUCUUAGCUUCUGCAUAUUUGAUCACUUAAUUUGUGUUUAGCAUAAGUAAUUGACCCGUCCAUUUAUUUCAAUAAUUCUCUUUUAAAAUAUAAAUCUUUUUUCCUAAUAGUUUACCUUUUCUUAUCUAUCAAUUGUAAAUCAUAUUAUGAUAAUAUAAUAUAGUUGGCCUGUGUUGAAAAUAGUUUAUAUAUAAAUCAAUGCAUUAAUUACAAUAACUAUGUCUAUGAUGGUGCUAAAAAUCGAUUGUGUUAUACUGUAAUAAUGAAACGCUUAAAAAUUUGAUCAUUCGCAAUUUUUGUUGCAACUCAUUUUUCGUUCUUCUAAAAAGAUUUUGUUUCAUUCAAAUAGAUAGUUUCAUAUAAAGAACAAAUAAUUAUUGUAUAUAGAAUAUAUUUACCAAUACAAAGUGGGUUGAAGCAAACAUUAAUGACAACAUCUUUCUUAGAAUAUUUUUCCUAAUCAUCCAUUACAAAUGAUAUAUUUUUAAAUAAGUUUAACAAUCAGUUUUUAUUGAUAUCUAGUAGAAGUACGUGAUGUACCCAUAAAUACAUAUAUAUUUUCAGUGUAGAUUAAGUUUUGUACUACAUUAUUUCUUCAAAAGUGUCAAAAAUACAGUACAAAAAUUAUAACACAUGCAAUUGUUCACAGUAUAAAAUAUACACAUAUAUAUAUAUUUAUAUUCAGACACAUAUUUAUAUUUGCGUAACAUGGACAUCAUGAAAUUGUAACAAUGUGUUCCUGCAACAUUGCAAAAAGUGCAAUAUUGUAUAAUAUAUACAAUUCGCGGUUGUGAUACACAAAGUUCUAUCAUUAAAUGUUAUUAUAUUUCAUUAUUAAAUAUGGGUACAUGCACAUUAGAAAUUAAAAGGCUUUGUUACUUCCAAUUCAAUAUUUGAGUACUUGCUAUAAAUAUUUUAGCUAUAUCGAUAUAUAUACAUAUAUUAAUGAUUUAUUCGAUAUGAAAAAUUUUAUUAUACUUUGAUGAUUUAGAUCGAGUGAUAUAUUCUUUCAUAAAAUUAUUUCUUAUACAGACGAAUUAUUGUAUUAAAAUAUUUUGUAUCCUUACAUUAUUGUAAACUUCGUUAUUAGCUGAAAUAUGUGAAUUGUUCAAAUGUUAGGUACUUCAUGAGGCUUAAAAACAAAGAGAUUGGAUUUACUGGCUGGGAUACAAGACUGAGCACCUCGCAUCUUUACAAUAAUAUUGGCAAGAUAUAAAAAUGAAAAGAUUACAUAUAUAUAAAUUUAGAAAAUAAUAAUCGGAAACAAUUGUUAACGUUUUUAGGAAUCAUAUCUUUAAAUGCCCAAUCAAUUCUUGUGUUAUAUUGUAGAAAAAUGUACAAACCUUGUUGCAUUACAAUAAUAUUGUGUGUGUAUGUGCGCGCGCGUAUGUGUGUAUUAUAUUAGAUACUGUAUAAUAUGUAUAUAUAUAUAUAUACAUAUAUACAUGUAUACAUAUAUAUACAUAUAUAUUAUGCAUAUCGGUUAUGAGCGAUGGUUAUCAUGAAUAAUCAGUGAUAUUAUUUUAUUUUAUAUAUAUAUUACACAGUAAGUCCAUUAUAAUCUAAUAAAGUUUAUAUUUUUUGAUAUCAA